AUGGAGCCCGGAGGCGACGAAGCUCCCGCGCUUUUACAACUGCCUCCCAACCUCACGGAGCAGUACGUCCAGCAGGACCUCAGCCUGCAGCCUUUCAACAGCAGGGGUAGCGACUCGAGCACGACCAGCUAUGCCGCCUCGUCCGAGACGGGCGGGCAUACGGACAUCAACGACCUGCUCUCGCUCGGGCCCAGCAUGUUCGCCCAUCCUCCCCACGCCAUGGCACCGCACGGGACCCAGGGCAGCAACGCCCAGGUCGACGCCGGCGGCCCGCAGCAGGUAGGCGCCAACCUCUCGAUGCUCUACACGACGGCCGAAGCGGCUCGCCAGACGUACAGCCAGAUGCUCCAGUCGAGCAUCGCGGCCGACAACGCCCAUCUCGAGCGGGCCAAGGAGUUCCCCUUCCACCAGCAUCACCAGCACCACCACCACCAACAGCAUCACCAACACGCGCAGCAGCAGCAGUAUCAGGAACAGCAGCGGCGGGCGUCGUCUAGCCGCGGGUCGUUUUCCACGGGCCAGCACGUCCACAUGCCGUCCGAGUCGCCGUCUUCCAGCUCGACCCCGACGUCGCCGACGAGCAAGGCAGACCGUGUCAAGGCAGCAUGUGUCAAGUGCCGCCGAAGGAAGAUCAAGUGCACGGGCGACAUGCCCUGCGGCACCUGCCUGCACUUCAAGACGGCCUGCGUCUACGCCGCCGUGUCGCCAGAGGAGAAUGCCAAGCUGCGCGAAAAGAAGAUGGCGCGCGAGGAAAAGAAGAAGCAGACAGCCGCCGCCGCCCUCGCUGCCGCGGCCCAGGCCAGGGCGCACGCCCAGGGCCUCGCGGCGACCCAAGUCUCGCACGGCCUGCCGGGGAAUCUCGUCGUCGGGGGCGGCGGGGCCGGGAUGAUGCCCGUCUUUCUGCAGCACGUCCCCAACGACGAUCCCCUAGCAGCAGCGGCGGGGAGACCGAUCGAGGCGCGAGGCGCUGUCGCCGCGGCACCACAACAGCAUCAGCAGCAACGACGACAUCAUGCCGGCGAUGGCGAUGGCGCCAAUGCCACGCCGCCGCAAGAGCCCAGCGGCGCAAACGAGGGACCAAGACGGGCUUACGUAGAUGUUCCUGGUCCGACAAUUCUUCAGCAGUCUGAGAGCCCCGCCACGUCAGAGACGGGCUCGGCCUCGUCUUUAUCGUCGCCGUCCGUGGCGUCGACAUCGACUUCGUGGAGGCCAAGGCACGGCGGAAGCCUCUCGUUCGAAACAACCACGGCGGCGGCGGCCGGACCGCUCCCUCCUGGCAAAGCACCGUCCAAGCCUCAAAUCCCCUGCGCUCCGGUGGCGCUGCAAGCAGCGACGAUGCAGGUCCAGCCCUGGUACUCUCGGGAGAUGCAAGACGUAAUGGCAGCGACGCUCCUGAAGCACGACGACGGCACGCACGAUCCGGCGGCGAAUAGGGCAAAGGAACGCUCGCAGUCGUGGGACGUGCAGAGCAAUUUUAGCGAUCCGUGGAGCCCGGCGUCGACGUUCACCACCCUCGUCGGCGGGCCGGUGCAGAGCAGCCCGCUCAGCUUCGUCUCGCACGACGUCGCCGCAUCGCUGGCCGCCGCGCCGCUCACCUCGUACGUCCACACGCCGUUGCUAGACCGCAUCCGCGACGGUGCCCAGCAGACAUCGUGGUCGCCCUCUAUGCCGUCGGACGGCUCUCUCCCGGGUUAUGCGGGAGAGGCGCUCGAGGCCCUCAUCUUGCCCGACGCGAUGCUCUCGACGUUGCACGACGGUGUUCAGGUCGACACGGCCUAG